GCAUGCGGCAGCGCCGGGCCGGGGCAGCGCUGCCGCGCUCGGGGGCUGAAGUGUGGUUGUCCCUUCCCCCGGCCCCGUCCCCUCCUCCCCUGCGGGCCCCCGGCAGCGCCCCCGCAGAUGGGCUUGGGCUGGAGCAGCGCGGAGGAGCGGCGGCCCCUCCUGCCGCCGCCGCCGCAGCAGCCGCGGCCGCAGCCGCGGGGGCCGGCGGGGGUCCCGGCGGGGCGGCUGCCGCCGCUGUCGGGCCGCGUGUACGGGCGGCGGUGGCUGGUGCUGCUGCUGUUCUCGCUGCUGGGCUUCGCCCAAGGCCUGGUGUGGAACACAUGGGGCCCUAUCCAGAACUCGGCCCGCCUGGCCUUCGGCUUCAGCGGCUGGGACAUCGCCCUGCUCGUCUUCUGGGGGCCCAUCGGCUUCGCGCCCUGCUUCUUCUUCAUGUGGCUCAUGGACAAGAAGGGUCUGAGGGUAACAGUGUUACUAACAUCAUCCCUCAUGGUUUUGGGAGCUGGCCUGAGAUGUGUUCCAGUUUCAGACCUAGAAAUUAGGAAAAAGCUGAUCCACGGCGGGCAGCUGCUGAACGGGCUGGCGGGCCCCACGGUGAUGAACGCCGCUCCCUUCCUUUCCACCACCUGGUUCUCCCCGGACGAGCGCGCCACGGCCACGGCCAUCGCCUCGCUGCUCAACUACCUGGGCUCGGCCGCCGCCUUCCUGGUGGGGCCGCUGGUGGUGCCGCCGCCCAACGGGACGGCGCAGCUGGCAGCGCCCUCCAACACCCAGCACAUCAAGGACCGCAUCGAGGCCGUGCUCUACGCAGAAUUUGGAAUGGUUUCCCUGAUAUUUUCUGCAGCGUUGGCCUACUUCCCCUCGCGCCCUCCGUUCCCCCCCAGCGUGGCUGCGGCGAGCCAGCGCCUCAGCUACAGGAGAAGUUUUUGCAGACUCUUAAGCAAUUUCCGAUUCUUGAUGAUUGCUUUGGCCUAUGCCAUACCACUGGGUGUUUUCUCUGGCUGGUCUGGUGUUUUGGAUUUGAUAUUAACACCCAUUCAUGUAAGCCAGGUGGAUGCAGGCUGGAUUGGAUUUUGGUCUAUAGUUGGAGGUUGUGUUGUUGGCAUAGCAAUGGCAAGAUUUGCAGAUUUUAUCAGGGGCAUGCUGAAGUUCAUACUGCUGCUGCUUUUAUCUGGAGCAACAUUAGCGUCAACCUGGUUCACUCUCACCUGUCUAACUUCUGUCACUCAUCUGCCUUUGACCACAGCUACACUGUACACAUCCUGCAUUUUGCUGGGCAUAUUCCUCAACAGCAGCGUACCAAUAUUCUUUGAGCUCUUUGUGGAGACAGUCUACCCUGUUCCAGAAGGAAUAAGCUGUGGAGUUGUCACCUUUUUGAGUAAUGUGUUCAUGGGAGUGCUUUUGUUUUUCCUCACAUUCUACCAUACAGAGUUCUCCUGGUUCAACUGGUGCCUGCCAGGGUCGUGUCUGCUCAGCCUGCUCCUCAUCCUGUGCUUCCGCGAGUCCUACGACAGACUCUAUCUCGACGUCGUCGUCUCCGUGUGAUCACCCCGCACUGGUGAGGGCUUGGAAGAGACUGGAAGUCGGCUUUGCAGUCUGCACAUCUGCCUGGAUUUGCACAGCUGAACAGCAGAAAAACAAAGAAAUUUCAAGACUUAAUCGUGGCUUUAUUUAGAGAGGGUGAGGGAUGGGUCAUUCUUAUGUUCAAGACCAUCUUGAUUUGCCAUAAAUGUGGAACUGGAGUGGUGAUGGAGACACCAAAAUGCACAAAGAGAAUCUCUCUGCUGUCCAGGUCCCUGUGCAGGGCUGGGGCUCUCUGUUGAAGAGGCUGUUGAUGUAGCAGUGAGGUGUAUGUUGUGUGUGUGUGCCUGUGUGCUGACUCACGGUUAUACACACCAGGGUACCAGUAAUCUUCAGAGUCUUCUAUCAGAAUGAAAAUAGGGAAUAAUCUUAACAAAAGGAAAAAAAAUAAGAAAGAAAACAAAAAUCAUUUCAAGAUCUCUUUAAAAUCACUAGUCAUUUAUAUUUUGAAUGUUCAUUAAACAUUUAAGCUAAAAUGAUUUGGUGCUUGUACACUACAUUUACAUUCUAAUAAAGUGGGUUCUGAUAUAAGACACUGGUACCAGGGUUUUUAGCCAUACUAAAUACCCCACAUAAUCCUUGCAGUUUUAUUAGAGGUGUAUGUUACCACCCUGGAGCACAAGUAAACAAUAGCUUUAGCUGCCACUGAAUCCUAACCUGCACCCACAGUCAUCUCUGAAAUACCACCCUGGUUCCUGAUAUGGAGCAUCUGUGGUGUACUGGAGUGUCACUCUAGGUAAAUGUCGCUGUUCUAAAGGCCACCACUGUGUCACCUUUCCAUCCUCCAUCUCCAGUACUGCCUUUUUUACUGUUUGUGCCACUGAAUACUGUGGGUGUGGAUGUCUGAAUCCUGCUAGCUCUCUCCUGAUACUCUAAGGUGUGUGUGGUUUUUAGGAUUAGUUUAUGACUGAGGGUGCCUAAACAAUAUUGCUUGUAACCCAAGUCUGGAGAAAUCACUGUUUCCUAAAAAAACCUUUCUAGUUGAGGAGGUGCAUUGAUGGCGAAAUGACAAUGAGUUUGACAAUGAGUAACUCACGAGUUCUGGCAUAAUAUGGGAAAUUAUUGCCAGCUCUUUUUAUCAGUACUAAUCUGUGGUCGUUCCGGCCCUUACUUGAACAUAAAUAUUAAAGACACUUUGAAUAGUUUUUUAACUCAAUUUUUAAACCUGCUAAUGAUUUCUUAAUUAUAUUCUUAGAUUUCAGUUCAGCAUCAUUUAAAAUAUUUCUGUAUGUGUGUGUGUGUGUGUUCUGUGCUUUGUGUUAUGGGGAUGUGUUUGUGUGUAUGGGGGCGUGCAUAUUUAUAUCAAUGUAUACACAAAUAAAACUUAUAUAUAUAAGAGAUACAUAUAUAUAUAUAUAUAAGUUGUGCAAGGGUAUGUGUUUGCCUAGGUUUACUCCAGGUGAUCCUGCCUGGGGAAGGUGAUGUGCCCUUGUUUGUACCCAAGCCAGUCACUGCCAUGAGUGGGAAACAUCGUGCACGGCCUGCGACAGGGAUUCUUUUCAGGGAAUGAUUUCCUGUCCUGGCAGUUCUGUGGCAGGGGGUGGGUGCACGUGUUGGAGGAGGCUCUGCAUCUCUAGAAGUUGAAUCAAGCACCCUCUGCUCCUGUGUGGGGCUCUUCUUUGCCCCUGGGGCAACACCAACACGGUAAGCUCACCCAAAUAAACCCAGAACUACCUUUCAGACAUGGAUCUGUUCCUUCUGCCUGCUCUCCUUUUGUAGAGAGAAUACACCUCUAAGACUUAACUCAGAAGUGUAUCUGUGCAGUAAAAUAAAACAAGCUGUUCCCUGCUUUUAUGUUUUCAGAGCAAUUGAUGUCCUUACUGUAGUACUGAAAAUGGAUUUAGCUCAUUGUUUGUAUCAGUUCUGAAUAGUCUUUCCUGUCUUGAAGCAGGUUCUUUGUGGUAGUGGAGCUAACCUGCAUAGGGAAAAUGAAAUCAGUCCAACCAGCACAUUCAGAUCCACUGGCAUCAUCCCUUACUUUUCAGAUGAGUGGUGUUAACUGUCCAGCUUCUUUUUACUAUGUUUUAGUGCCUGGAUUAGUUUCAGUAUCCAGUAGCUGCUGCUACCUAUUGUCUCUGAAACCAGGGAUCGUUUGCCAGGAGUCUGGAGUUGCAUUGUCAUGGCAGAACUGCAAGCUGGGAUGGCUCUCCAGAGCUCUGUUUGUGCAAUUUACUGUAGCUAUAUAAAGAUCAAAAUUGCUGUCCUGAGUUACAGAGAUUUCUAACCCUUUCACUGUCCUGACUGUUUUAAGGUGGAGAAGCAUUUUACACAAUGCUUAGACUAUAACCUAUUCUUCCUCUGUUCCAGAAGGCAACAGACAAUUUAAAAUAUUUGUCAGUGCUUCCAGAUGCAGGCUCUCUGUAGUCAGGGGAGAUGAGUGAACCUCUUGUUUUAAACCCUGUUGAUUGUUUUUCUGAGUCAGAGUGAAUGGCUCACUGUGGCUCUGAUGCUUUGGUAGCUGUUUCUCUGUGUGGUGAGUUGACUGUGGGUGGACACCACGUGCCCAGCAAAGCCACUCUGUCAUUGCCCUCCCCAGCUGGGCAGGGGAGAGAAAAUGCAAUGGAAAGCUCAUGAGUUGAGGUAAGAACACUCACCAGUGACCAUCAUGGGCAAGGCAGACUCAACCUGGGGAAACCAGUUUAGUUUACUAGCAAUCAUAUCACAGUAGGAUAAAGAGAAAUAAAACCUGAUCUUGAAAACACCUUCCCCCAUCCCUCCCUUCUUUCCAGGCUUAACUUUACUUGUGGUUUUCUCUCCCCCUUCCCCUCAGCAGCACAGGGGGACAGGGAAUGGGGGCUGUGGUCAGACCAUCACACAUCUCAUCCCCUGAGGACUCCUCACAUCCUUCCCCUGCUCCAGCAUGGGGGCAGACAAUUCUCUACGAAUUUCUCCAUUGUGGGCAGGGACCUUUGGGAACAAUCCUGCCAGCAAACCUGCUCCAGUCUGGGCUCCUCUGUCCAUCGUGCCAGGAGUCUGCUCCAGCAGGUUUCCCACAGCCUCCUUUGGGCAUCCAGCUGUGGGGCACGGGGUUCUCCACAGGCUGCAGGGGAAUCUCUGCUCCCGUGCCUGAGCAGCUCCUGCCCCUCUCUCUGCCCUGAUCUGGGUACCUGCAGAGCUGCUCCUCUCUCCAGCUCUGCAGUCACUUCCUUUCCCUUCCCAAUCUCUUAUCCCAGAGGUGUUAUCACCAUGGCUGGUGGGUUCAGCCUUGGCCAGAGCUGCAUUUGUACCCUGGCUGGGCUGGCUCUGUCCCUCGUGGGGAGCUCCCACUGCUCCUCAGAGAUGCCAGCCCUGCGGCCCCUCGCUGCCAGAGCCCUGCCAUGCUGAGCCCCUGCCCUGGCACUGCAGCUUGGGCUGAGUCACUGCCCCCAGGGCCUCUGCAGGGCUGGGAAACCUGCUGGGGCUUCACAGGCACUCUGCAGUCAGGGCUCAGCCCGAGUUCCCAGCAGCUCUGAUGGAAAUCUGCCCAUGUGAAAGUCAAAGGAUUGCUCCCAAGUUACUUGAAGUUGUGCAGGACAUGGCUGCAUUCCACACACUCAGGGUUCAAGCUUAGGAUUUUAUUAGAUUAGCAAGUCUGCUUUAGGAUGGAAGUGAGGAUUUUAAAUGUGCUCGUUGAGAUCUCUGAAAAACGCUUUAUCCCCAUCUGUACUCCACAGCAGCAUCCUUCUGUUGAGGGGCAGUCCCUUUCAUGUCAGUAACACAACUCAACCCACAGAAGUAUUUUUUGGAUAAGCAUUGCUGCCUGGUCACCCUUGUUUGGAUUUAGCAGGAGUGCAAGCUGCCAGGCUACCUGCACUUCUUUGGAAGUUUGAGUUUGAAGCACAGGGAGAGCCCUUAGCAGUGCAGAUGCAAUGAGCAGGAGUGCAGAAUAGGCUUGAAACAGUUAAUGCUUUUCUUAAUAAUGAAAGUUUGAAGUCUCUCUAGCUUGGACCAGUCACAGCAUUGGCUGCUGUGUGGCCUGUGACUUGCCAGCAGAGGAAGGUGCCCUGAGGAGCCCUGGAAUAUUCCUCUCUUUGUGGCCUGUGAGUUCACAGCCCUGAAGAACACAGGUAAUGUGUUGUGGUUUGUGUUGGGAAUGCUGGGACGUUGCUCCAUGGUGACCACUCUCUCCUAAUGGUUAUUGUAAACAUUUGUUUGGCUCAGGGACACUCCUGGUUCAGCUUCCAGUGCUGCUGGCUCUCCUUCUCCUGAGCUCUGGAGCUGUGCAAGCUCCCAUGCUGCUCAUGGGGAGCUCAGGAUUAGAAAAUGCAGCAGCACUGGUUCCUGGCUCUGGUCACUGCUGUUACCCAUUAACUCCCUCUGCCCUCCCUUGGGCUGCCUGCUCCCCUGAGCUGGAGGUGUGGGGAGGAGCUUCCUUGCUUCCAGAGCAAUUUUAGAGGGAAAGGAGCUUGGCUGACCAUGUACUUAAUGUACAAAAAAAUAGGCAAUUUUUUUUUUUUUUUAGAAAAUCGUGCCAGUUGGAAUAAAGUGCAGACCCAAAGGAUUCUGCACACAUCAUGAACAGAGAAUCUGUUAGAAGCAGCCUGUAAUUUACCUGAAACCUGUGAUUUUAGCUCCCACACCUGGAGAGGCCAAGCAAAUGGGCACUGUCUGUGUCAGGUAUUCAGGCUCACAGCAUCUCAGUUAUUCCCAACCAUCUGACAGAGCUGAGAGGAGUGGGAGUGGGAAGUCUUGAAUGUUGGAGUGGGUUGGGAGACCCCAGACUCUGUCAGUGUUUGUUGUGGUAACUUGGGGAAAGCAACAGGUUGGACUGAGUAACAAGAAGUGCCCAAUUCCAGGGGGCAUUUCAGCACCAAAAUAUUGCACUGGACUGAUGAAGUCCAUAUGCAGUUUGAAAUUUUGUGUGUCAGGGAUGUUAAUGCUGGGUUUGUUCUACAGUAAGCUGAGCAAGUGACUGCAUGGCCUUGCGCUGCAGCAUAAACAAGCAGCCCUGAUUGAUGUGCUUGUAUUGGCUCUUACAAGAAAGGGAAAUGUGAUUUAAUUGUCAGGAGUGACUGAAAUAUGAAUGGGAAUUACACAGUUUGCACAGUGGAUAUAACUGCUCUGUAAUGGUGUGACAGCAGGGCUCUAAUUGUUCAUUUCUUUUGUUGGGUCACUUGCAAAUUAAGUAGGUAUCUCUGACAAAGGCAUUUUUAUGUUUCAUUAGUUUUGAGGAGGUUCCUUUUAUACUAAGUACAGACCAUUGUAAUAACUUGCCAAGACAAGUGCUACAGUGUGUGGAAACGACACCAGUUCUGGGUAUUGGUUUGGUGUUUGAUGUUGGGGCUGCCAUUCUCUGGGUUGUUCAAGCACCACGUGGGAAGAGCAGGGAUGUGGGGUGUGCAAGGAGCUCUGUGUGUGUGGAUGCCCAGUUGUGAAGGGCAGAGCCAACCCUGCCAAAACACACAAGGACUUUGUCACCUUCCAUGGGUCCUGGCAUUCCAGCUGUGGGGGGAGAAGGGAGAAAUGCCGCCUUGUGGCUGCUGUUCCUUUCCAUCAGAGACAGCCAGGCAGCUCUAGGCUCCCUGCUUCACCUGAGGGGAUCAUCCCCCUCCGCACAGACUCCAUCCCACGUCCCUGCAGCCGUGGCUGCUGCCAGGUGGUUGUGGGUGGCACAGGAAUAUCUGCCUUGCUUCCUCCAGGAAUGUCACUGCAGCUGGCACAGAGCUGCCCCAGAGCAGGCACAGCCUCAGUGGAGUCAGAAGAAGAUGUCAAUCUGCUCACAAUUUUUGCAGUUUGUGUUUCAAGACAGAUGAAACUAAUAAAUAAAGGAAGAAAUGUAACUCUGUCCAAAGUUUUGACAAGCAAAAGCAAAUAUUUGCACAGAUGUGCUGGCUGCUGCCAAUUGUUUGGGAUUGCAAUGUUUUUGGAUCAAUUCAUGCCCCCCACAGCCCCAGCACUGUUUCUUCACUGCUCAGGCCCAGCAGCACCGUGGGAAGCUCCAGGCCCUGGUGGAGGCAGGACUGCAGCACAGAGGGAAGGGAAGGGAAGGGCUGAGCCAGGAUGCCCAGGACAGGGGAUGUUGGGCACCUGGGCUGUUUGCACAGGAGGGGUGGCUCCUUCAGCCCACUUGUUCCAGACCCUCAUUUUUUCCUUCCUCAAGGAUGAGUUUUUGACCUUCAUUUUCUGUUUGUGGUGGGUUUUGUGCCACAGGGACAGCUGUGGAUGUGGCACACGUGUGGAGGUGCUGCUUCUCCAAGGUGCAGCAGGCAAGGCAGGUGGGACUUGCUCUCUGCACCAACAGCUUUUCUCUGCACGCUCUCUCUGCCCAGUGGAUUCCUCCAUGGGAUUUAUCCUCUUGUUGCAUCUGGACAGACUCACUGCACUCACUGCAUUGCUACAUGAAGACAAUACCAGCAGCAAAACCUGUUUUCUUUACAGGAAGAUUUUCCCUUCAGGCUGAGGCCACUUCUCCAGCCUUGGUCCACGUGUUUGUCAAAGCCACCACAAGCCCAAGGUCACGUUUUUCUUCUCAGAGGGGAUGUGCAGGUUUGUGUGGGACAAGCCAGAGGGCCUGGGGAGGGGCUGCCAGGGUUGGGGUGCCCACCAUGCCAGGGGAGGGGAUGCUCCAUGUCCCUCCCCAGCAGGGACCCCCUGAAUGUGCAGUGUAAACUGGAGCUGUGUUCCUGCCCCUCCCUGCCCACAGCUCUUCUGCUCUGACCUUUCUGCUCCACCUGGGCUGAGCCAGCCCAGCAGAGCUGCAGGUGUCCCCACUGCCACCAGCUCCUGCUCCUGUGGGACAAUGAUGCAUUUUCCAAACAUAUCUCUUUUCUCUGCCUGUGAUAUUUGCUAGAUUAACAUCUCUUUUCCCCCUACCAUGUUUAAUGUCUUCCACUGUGCAUUUUAGAAAUAAGUACUUGAUAAGGUCACAAAAACAGCUUUUAAUUAUGGGACACACCUAACAGUUGGGGUUUUUUGAAGUGCAUGAACAUAUGGAGAAGGAAGAGGGUUUUACAUGUUGGAGAGCAUCUUUGUAAACUAUCCUCGACUUGUAAGACUGUUCAGUUUUACUGGAGUUUGUAUGCAUUUUACUUUUGUAAUUUUUAAAGUGAUUUGAUAGAAUUUUAUUUUAGGGCAAAUACUACAUUUUGUAUGCGAUAUUCCAAUGUGAUGUAUUUUUAUUUUUGAGAAAAUAAUGUUGAAACCACUAUAUACUUGUCAAUGUAACAUACCCACUGUGUAAUUUCUAUUUAAAACUGGACUCUGACCAUGAAGAGUGUGUUAUUUUACGUACUGGCUGUUGCACAUUAAAGAGGUUACUCAGUUUGCUGCCA